CUCAAGAACCACAUUCCAGGGCUCUCUCUUCUAUAAAGCCCUCUCUCGGUGCCAUGAGUUAGCUAUAACCCGCAGUCGACCACUUCCUCCAGGAGAGAUUCAGAAGAUCUUCCCAUGAUGCCGCGGGAGCGCGCUGGGCCCCAGAGUGCACUGCGCGUGCGUACGACCGCGCGCGCAGCCCCACUCCCUUGCGACCGCGGGAAAAUUCCAAACACGUCAAAACAAAAAAGUUCCGUGAGGCCGUGCCAAGUUUUCAAGCCGCAGAAGCCGGGCGGUGGCUUCUUUUCCGCCGCGGCCCAGUCUGCUGAGGCAGCUCUGGGUGAGGACCACCCGGGAAGAUCGCCGUUUCCUGCUAGGGCAGAGAAGACUCGCGAGAACGUGCGCCCGAGUCUCAACGUGGGCGAGCCGCGCUCCCGCGGCGCGCUGGAUCUGAGGCUGGACGGCUGCUGUGACGGGACAGUGCUGUUCUCAGAGAUGGCUCAGGAGUCUGCAGACCUUACUUCUGACUAUCAGUUUUGGCUGCAGAAGCUUUCUGCAUGGGAACAGGCCUCUUCUAAGGAAACCCAGGAGGACACUUGUCUUCACUUGUCCCGGUUCCAGGAGUUCCUGAGGCAGAUGUAUGAAAUCUUGAAGGAGAUGGAUUCUGAUGCAAUCCUGGAAAGGUUCCCCACAAUUGGUCAACUGUUGGCAAAAGCUUGUUGGAAUCCUCUCAUCUUAGCAUAUGAUGAAAGCCAAAAACUUGUAAUAUGGUGCUUAUGUUGUCUGGUGAACAAAGAACCUCGGACUUCUGCAGAGUCAGGACUUAACUCGUGGAUCCGGGGUUUGUUAUCUCAUGUACUUUCCGCAUUCAGAUUCGAUAUGAAAGAAGUUUGUCUUUUUACCAAAAGUCUUGGAUAUGAGUCUAUCGAUUACUAUCCUAGUUUGCUUAAAAAUAUGGUUUUGUCAUUAGUGUCUGAGCUCAGAGAGAGUCAUCUUAAUGGAUUGAACACUCAAAGUCGGAUGGCUCCUGAGCGCAUGAUGUCCCUGUCACAAGUUUGUGUCCCUCUUGUUACUCUGCCUGAUAUGGAACCCCUGGUAGAGGCUCUACUCACCUACCAUGGACAUGAGCCCCAGGAAGUCCUCGCUCCUGAGUUCUUCGAAGCUGUGAAUGAGGCCUUCUUGUCGGAAAAAAUUGUUCUACCCACGUCCUCUGUGGUCAGCCUCUGGUUUCGGCAUCUCCCCAGUCUUGAAAAAGCAACACUGCAUCUUUUUGAAAAGCUUUUCUCCAGCAAGAUAAUUUGCCUGAGAAGGAUGGAGUGCUGUAUAAGAGAGUCAUUCCUGCCUCAAGCAGCCUGCCAACCUGCCAUCUUCAGAAUUGUUGAUGAAAUGUUCAGGUUUGUGCUGCUGGAAACUGAUGGAGCCCCAGAAGUACUAGCUGCUCUUCAGGUUUUCACAUCGUGCUUGGUAGAAGCUCUGAAAAAAGAAAACAAGCAGCUGAAGUUUGCCCUCAGGACCUACUUUCCUUACGGUGCUCCAUGUCUUGCUGCAGCGCUGUCCCAGCACCCUGAAGCAAUCCCACAGGGACACCGGCUCCAGCCUCUGCUGCACAUUUCCCAACUCCUCAGAGAAGCAGUUGAAGACUGUACUCGUGGGUCUCCGAGAGAUCCCUUUGAGAGCUGGUUUCUGUUUGCUCACUUUGGAGGAUGGGUUGACCUGGCUGUGGCAGAGUCACUGCUGAGGGAGGAAGCUGAGCCUCCUGCCGGCCUGCUGUGGCUCUUGGUGUUCUAUUACAGCCCACAGGAUGGGAGUCAGCGGAGAGAGCAGAGCAUGGUGGAGCUGAAGGUAUUAAUCAACCAUCUCCUGAUGCUGCUCAGAAUCGGCCACCUCUCAGCUACUGAUCUGCAGGAAGCAGCUGAGAGUCCCAGUGGAGACCCUAGACCACCUGUAUGUGGACAGCUGGUCAGACGCCUUCUUCUUAGUCUCUUGCUCUGGACCCCAGAAGGCCAUGCAAUUGUCUGGGAAGCUGUCACCCAUGGUCUGACUUUUGAGAUCACAGGCCCAGGAUGCUGCCCCAGGGUAUGGAGAUCCACAAGGCCACAGCACAGACCCAGAGCCCACCUGUGCUGUACAGAGAUGGCCCACACAGAUGCUGUAAUCCAGGAGAUUAUUGGUUUUCUUGACCAGACCUUGUACAGAUCACAUCAUCUUUGUGUUGAAGCCUCAAGAAAACUGGCCCGAGAGCUCCUAAAGGAGCUGCAAGCCCAGGUCUAGCAGGUAGCACAGAACGUGGGCACCUGCGGUGAAGCUCCCUCAGUGGAUGAGAUGCUGUUUCUGAGGCAAGAACAAGUGAGAGUGGUUGAGCACAUUCGUGCCUUGGCCUGAUGGAGUGAUGUGUGCCGCCUCCCAUGCACUCUGUACUGCUUGGCCCCGGCGGUCCAUGAGUAUUAUGAAGGGAAGGGCCCAGACUGCCAGUCAUUGAUAAGAGCUAGCACUGGCUGGCGUGCUGGCUCUCUUUAUCCUUCCCUCUCUAGUGAAGGUGUGGGGAUGCCCAGUAGCAGGAGACAGGAGCCCUGCAGUGGAUGAGGUUGUACCUUACAGAUGAGCGCCUGCCUCACCAGUGAUUGUCGCUCAGUGAGGCCUUUGUUCCUCAGUGCAGAAAUGCUGCAAGGCACCCACUAUAGUGGAAGGAACAGAGGUGGCCAGAGAAGGGUCAUUCCUUCCUCCUCCCCUAAAGCCCCAAAAGGCAAAACACAUCUGCUUCCCGGGUGACCUAUGUCUAGUAAACAAGAUUUGGAAACUGA